AUGGAAGAUGAGAUCCGACUGCCUUUGCCGGAGUGGAGCUCGUCCGCAGAGGGGAUACAAUAUCAAGAGCACUUCGUUCGAAUGAUCGAAAAUAAACAGCCGAACCAAGUGAUGGAUGCGAUGACCGACCCACGGUCGGCGUGGCUGGUAGGAUCAAUGCCGCAAAGCAUAUUCCUUGACGCCUUGCACCUUCUCUCCCCCGCUCAUUUCGUGGAGCCAUAUCUACGUCCACAUCAUAUGCUACACGAAUGGGGUGUGAGAAUUCAAGGCCUGAAAACAUUGGCAGAGGUGUUCGAUGAUUUUACGAAGGGCUUGCUCACAAUCAUGCAAUAUAGAGUUGCAGCCGGGUAUCCACCUCAACUAGCCGAGUACACUCACCUCUUGGCCUGUGCACGAGCAAUGGGAAACGGCCCAUUAGCGGAGGAGUUAUGGACAGCGAUGGACGGCCAUGACAUCCACCCGAACCUCGUGUGCUACAAUCAUUAUAUGGCAGCGAAGAUCUGGGACCACUGUUACGUCGGAAAAGAAUCGUAUAACCUCCGCAUGCUCCCAUACACCUACAGAAAGCGCCGCAUGGAGAGCCGGAAUCCUGGAUGGCGUGGUUACGCAACGGGAGCGAACAGUCUCAAGCGCAUUGUGUUGGAUAUUUUCAGUCAAAUGAGCCAGGCAGGUAUCUCUGGAGAUGAAGAGACAUACGUCAACGUCAUUCUCGCAGCCUGCCGAGUCGGCGACGGCACCGCAGCUAAAAACACCCUCAACAGCGUGUGGAAUAUCAAUGUUGAUGCCAUCGUAGCCGGGGAUGACUCGAAGCUGCCUGAGGUUGUGCCCUAUGAACCUGGGUCUAGCCUUUAUCCGACUGAGCGUCUGCUUUUCGCUGUCGCACAUGCCUUUGGCACGAACAACAGCAUCGAUACCGCCGUGAGAACAGUUGAGUUCAUAGCCUCUUCAUACAAGCUUAAAAUAUCGGCAAAGGUGUGGUCCGAGCUGUUUGAGAGGACGUACGCCCUCUCAGUUGAACACACGCGCAGACAAGCAAAUGACGGGCGAAGAGGGAGAGUACCAAGAGAGAUGGUACACACUACAUUUCAGAAAAUGACCACAUACCCGCACAAUAUCCCCGCGACUGUUCCAAUGUACCGAUAUACCACCCAGACUUACAAGAGGGAUGGUUACUUAGAGGCUUGCAAAACAGAUAUGCGUAAGGCAUAUGAUAUUCUCAGUGCAACGAGGGCAAAGAGGAAAGAGGCAAGAGAUUCAAUUAUGCGAUGGUUGCAACCAGCUUUGGAUCGCAUGGGAUCGUCAACAGAUCGAAACCAGGGACAUAAUAGACCUGCACCCGAUCAGUCACUCUUACAAUCCCCCAUGCUUGCCGAAGCCAUCCACAAAUACGACAUUCUCCGACUCGAAGUUUUCCAGCAAAUUUACCUAUUACAGCGCAUGGCGUUUGCGAUAAUCGGCCAAACAGAAUGGCGGGAUACAUCGAUCAGCGUCUGGGAUCUUCAGGAACGGCCCAAGCUAUUGGAAGAGUGGAAAGACUUCCUACCAGAGUGUAACAGGUACAUAUACGACUCUGGAACACUCGAAUUCUGGGGCGGAACAAAGUCCAACACCCGCUACAUGAGCCGGCAUGGCUUCAUUCAUGCACGGCGGCGGCCUGAUCAUCCGGACCUCUUUCAUCCAGUUGAACACAAGUUUCUCGAUGAUAGGAUAUUCUGGAACCUCCUGCUUACUCAGUAUCCCCAGCUGGAUCAGUACAGUUCACCACUCAAUCGCCUCUACUCUUUCCAAGUAGAACGCAGCGAAAACUUUGACAGGAUCCUCGAUCAUUUCCACACGCGCAUUGACUACCCGGAUGAUCAUCCUUUGUCGGAGAAGGAGAACCCCGAAGGUGGGCUUUAUGGUCGCAUCCAUGCGUUGGGCCUUGAGGUUGACCCUCAACGGACCAUGUUCUGGGGGGAUGGCAAUCCUUGGAAUUGCUGA